AUGGACUAUCAAGGUGGGGGAGGUUUUGGAAACAGCGGAAGUGCCGGGGGUAGCGGCUACAGUGGCGGUGGCGGUAGUGCGGGGAAUAGUGGAGGCAAAGCUCGUCGGUCCUACGACGAACAAACCAUGGUCCCCGUGACGAUUCGAAUGUGUCUGGGAGCCAUGCCGGACGAAAUAUCCGAAGGCGUGGGAGGCUUACAGCUCGAAGAUGGGCGUAGACUCUACCACGUGCGUUUCGUCGCAGCUGUCCGCUCGUUCGAGGACUUCUCGACGAACGUCGUCUACACCUUGGAAGACGGCACCGGAUUGAUGGAAGUCAAGCAAUGGCUGGACGAUAACCAUUGUACCGCAAUUGCCGAGAUGCGUCAGCACACACUCAAGGAAAAUAUCUAUCUGAAAGUUGUGGGGCAGAUUAAGGAAUACGACGGUAAAAAAAUGGUCGUAGCCGAAUCAAUCCGGGUACUAUCGACUGGGAACGAACUGGCCCACCACAUGCUCGAAGUAGUCUACGCUGGGGAAACUUUCAAGCGCAAGGACAGUAUCGUUGCACCGCAGUCAUCUAUGAUGUUCAACACCAAUACCGUGAAAGGAUCGGCGCUGCAUGCCAACUCUAGUGACGGCGGAUGGAAGGACGAGCUGCUGCGCUUUAUCCGGAUGGAAGGGGACAAGUCCGAUAUGGGGGUCAGUAUAGAUGCCUGUAUCAAGUACAUUGGACGCCCAUCGUCCGAAGUUCAUCAGGCCGUAGCUGAUUUCUCUUCCAAUGGAAAUCUGUACUCAACUAUCGACGAGAACUACUACAAGUUUGCUAUGUAA